CUGAAACCCUUUUGAAGGCUUUAACGUCAAGCGGUUAAGCUUUAACCCCAAAAAAAAGGGGAAAAAGAGGUCAGACUCCGUCACUGUAACAACCUAACAGCGGUUUGAGUACGCAGGAAAGGAGGCAAAAGCAGAAAGAAAAAUUUUUCACACAAAGAAUCCAGCGGCCAGGAUAAUCUGGUCAAUUCACAUCGUCCUCCAUUACUUCCAGCUUUGUCUCACUCCCAACACUCACUAAAAACACUAUGACAAAUGCCACCAUUCUCACUCUUUCUCUCUCCUCACAGGGAUAAACUCUAAUGAAAACAAAGCCCACCGUUUAGAUUAAGCUUUCAAUUUCCAGAUUACCCAAAUCCUUUCUUUUCCUGUAUAAAACCACCCUCAAUUCCCCCUACCCAGAUUAUCCCAUCUGAAAAGCAGAACCUAAGUAAACUACUCUGAGUGUGAGAAAAAAACAGAAGAAAAAAUGAGUGGAAGAACUGGGUCGCACCAGCUGAGCAAUGGGUUGUACGUGUCGGGUCGUCCGGAACAGCACCAGAAGGAGCGGCAGCCCACAAUGGCUUCUCGGGCCGUGCCUUAUACCGGCGGUGACGUCAAGAGGUCCGGUGAGCUUGGGAAAAUGUACGGCAUUGAGACUUCAUCAUCUUCGGUUGGCGGUGGGGACCACCACCUCCACGUUGGCCCACCUCCAAUUAAGACGUCGUCCCGGCAUUCCUCUUCAUCCCAGCAUAACAGCGGAUCCAUCAGAUCCGGCCCGAAUUCCGGCCAGCUCGGUCCGAAACCCGGCUCCAGCUCAGUCCCUGCUCACCCCAAGAGGUACAACUCCUCCUCCUCUUCUGGGCCCAUGACUCCAAUUCAGCCCACCGGCCUCAUCACCUCUGGCCCGUUGGGCUCCAGCCGCAGCGGCCGCGGUGCAGCUAAUUCCGACCACCAACCUCCCGUGCCCACCAGCAAGCCCAGUUACGGCUCCGCCGUGACGGUGCUCGGCGAUGAUGCCAAGUACGGGUUCAGGGUCUCGAAGGUGGCAUUGUGGUUGUUUCUCAUUGUGGUGAUGAUGGGUUUGCUGGUUGGGGCUUUUCUGAUGGUGGCCGUGAAGAAGGCGGUGGUUUUGGUGGCUGUGGCCGGGGUUUUAGCUCCGGCUAUCCUGGGGCUUUUCUGGAAUUUCGCUUUCAAGAAGAGAGGUUUGCAAGGCUAUUUACGCAGGUACCCUGAUGCUGAGCUCAGAGGGGCGGAGGACGGACAGUUCGUCAAGGUCACCGGGGUUGUUACGUGUGGAAGUGUUCCUCUUGAAUCGUCUUUUCAGAGGGUGCCGAGAUGUGUAUAUACUGCGACUGAAUUGUAUGAAUACAGAGGAUGGGGUGGAAAGUCAGCAAAUCCUCGACACCGUUAUUUGUCGUGGGGAUGUAGAACUUCAGAGAAAUAUGUGGCAGACUUCUACAUUUCGGAUUUCCAAUCUGGUUUAAGAGCUCUUGUGAAAGCUGGAUAUAAUCACAAGGUUACUCCAUUUGUCAAAUCAACUACAGUGGUUGAUAUAACAAAAGACAACAAGGAUUUAUCUCCGAACUUCCUGCGUUGGCUUGCUGACCGAAGCCUCUCUACUGAUGACCGAACUAUGCGCCUGAAAGAAAGUUACAUUAAAGAAGGAAGCACUGUAAGUGUAAUGGGAAUGGUUAGUAGGCAAGACAAUGUGCUAAUGAUUGUCCCACCCAGAGAACCCAUAUCGACAGGUUGCCAAUGGAUCAAUUGCCUUCUCCCAAUGUACAUUGAAGGUCUGGUGGUGUCGUGCGACGAAAGUCCGAAUGAUGAUGUAAUCCCUGUUUAAGUAUAUCUCUUCGCCUCUUCUGUUAUAGUUUUGUGGAAAGGGUGAAUCUGAAGCUGAUAGUGAAGCCUGAACAACCAUACCGUUUAUACUUUGCUGUAGAUUUCAAUUUACUACCAUUGCCGUAUAAGGAGACUGAAGACCUUAAAGACCGAAGAUCUCACCAUAAGUGAGUGUAAAUUAUGGAAAAGAACCUUGUUGCUCAUAUAUAUGUAUACAUAUACAUGAAUAUGUGUAUGUAUGUGUGUUUUGAGGAUUUAGACAUGAAAAGUGACCAGAAAGUAGAAGUAGUAGUUCAAAACUUAUGCAGCUGGGUUUUUGCAACAUUUUAACCUUCAACUGCAACUUUUGUAUAUAAACCUUCGAAGAUGCCUUUUAGCUUUGAACCUUUUCAUGUGUAUAUAUUACCAUAUUUUCAUUCAGUAGUUUACAUACAUUGUCAGGUUGCUGAGUGUGUCUUGAGAUUUAAACUUGAGAUGAAUGCGUAUACUUUAUUGUCUGCAAUCUGCAUGUAGUCUGAUCUUGAUAGGCUCGAAGAUGAUGCAAGGG